UGCCUUUUGUCCCCUCGUUGUGUUGUUUGGUUGACUCGUCCGACGCCAGGAUCCUAUGUAGGUGUAUGGCUGCUGCGACUCCCUCAUCUUCCAGACUUAAUCUCGGCGGUCAGCCGAGACUCUGAGGACGCCUUCUUCAUGUCAGCCAACAAGAAGGCUAUUAAGCCGUGUGUAACGGCCCGCAUCAACGGUCCCUGGCCUCGUAUGGGCUUCCAGGCGACGCCAACGUAAAUCUCGGAUCAAACAAACGCAGCAUGGACAAUGUAAAGAACACCAACUGAUCCGUAAUUUUGUCAUAUCCCCUGCCUCCUCGAUCGUCCGGUUCUUUUUCUCUCCUUCUUGAAAGGACUGGCGACUCGUUUGCUUCUCUACUCUCCCUUGGGCCUGGCCGUUUCCGUACCUCCCUUUCAAGAGACAAUAAGGAUGUGGUGGUCACCAUCACCAAAGACAGAGGCUUCUAUCGACCUCCUCGGAAGAGGUCAAAGAAUCGAAUCCUCGAAACAAACACCAUCCCUUGUUUCGUCCUCGUGAAAAUAGCCUUACCCCGUUACUUGUCGCCAAGUCCCUGAUAUUAAAGCAUCGUUUCUUAACAGCAUUACCAGCACGACAGCACACGUCUCAUAUCAGUCGUCCUCGUUCCCCCUUCAACUUAUGCCCCUGAUCUCCAGGUCUCAUCAGGCUACAAACAGAUUUACAACCAUUUGCACUUCCCAACAGCAACCAUGGCAGAAUCUAAACUGGGGGUUCCCGAACCUCAGGAACGAUACAAUGCUCUCAUCAGGCCAAGCGACGACGACUGGAAGGCCGUUCACGACAAUUUCAAGGAUCUGCUUGCCCAGCCCACUCUGCGGACAGAAGACAUACUGGGUUUGUACUUCACAACCCAGGAACGGAAGCUCUUCUUGACUGCCACAGAACCUCGGAGUCUGAGGGACUGCCAGGAAAGCAACACCAGGCGAUACUGGAGCCUGAUUGCUGGUAGAUUCAAAGACUGCCAUCUCUCGUUCGCGACGAAGCUCACAAUGCUCUACUUUGGUCUGCCGGUUGAACCCAUCAUGUCUUUGCUGUUUCAGUAUGCAAAGCCAGACUUUGACGUGGACGACGGGGAUGAGAUGUGUGACGUCGAGAUUCGCCCUCCGUUACAUUUCCUCACGGCCCACAAUCAUAGAAACUACGGACACGAUCACAUGAGAGGAGCUGAAGCUUCUUUCACCACCCUCGCGGUGCCGGAUUCUCAGAUGCCAGAAAACAUCGCUACCCAAGGACUAAGCCUCCGAGGUGGAGGCUACGACGAUGAUGGCGAUGACCUGGAGAUGAGAGACGCGGGGUCUCUGUCGCAUACCCGUACCUCUGCAUUCGCUGGACAACGACAACUGCCCGAAAUUGUCGAGGCACUUGACGACGAUUUCGAAGAGGACGAUGUCCGUGGCAAUCUCACCAUGACAGGUCUUGCACAUCCCGAUAGAGGGACUCGGGUCAGUGGACCUGGUGUUGGACACCAGCACCCAGCAGCCAGCUCGAUACGCCAAACUCCAGGGCCGAGAGCGAACGUUGUCAGUGUGUCCGGGUCCACCGCGAGCAGGCCGACGAUGAGGGCCAGAUUUGAUCAACAGCAAGCUGCAGCUCGUCGGGUGGAUGAGUGUGUCCCCCUCUACGGCUACCAGGGUCGGAUCAUGUUCAAGCCCGACGACCUGUCCACGUUUGAAGCAGCUUCCAGGAAGCUCUUGUCUCUCCGACAAUGUGAUGCGUGUGAUCUAGUGCUCGUCGAGUUCGACAGGAGCUCCAGACGGGUCACCAAGCACCUCAACGACAGCAUCCCGCUCAAACCAAACGGUGCUGUGACGAACCGUAUGAGACAACAAGCCAAGUCCGACCUCAACUGCGCCUGGUUCGUGCUUCGCGUCGGCGAGUCGAAACCAGCGGAAUGGGAGCCCAAAGACUCCUGCUUCUCGACCUCGUUGAUCAAGCUGCGCCAGGCCGACGACGAGGGACAUGAGAAUGUCUCGUAUUGCAACAUUCCGUCCCGGGAACUGUACUUUGACCCCAAGCCCACAGGCAGCAGAUAUCCUUCGCCAAAGCCCUGGGGCGUCAACCAGUACAUGCCCUUCCUUACCACGGCGCAACAGGUCCUAGUGGGAACGCCAGACCGGCCGAGUGCAAACCAUUUCGACAUCAUCAUCUCUUCCGAACACGGAGGUACUGGGACAUUUUCAACUCACUGGUACGGCGGUAUCGAAGUGCACCGAAGGCUCUUGGAUAUGAUGCAUCCUGUUUUUGCCAAGGGGAAGCCAUUUGAGGUUGAAACCCACCCCUUACCCGAGAACUCGGUCGUCUUCUACUUGCCCGGGGGCGUCACCAGCUCGGCUACCGCGCUCAAGGACCGAGAAUGCCGUCGCCAGUCAGGCUCUGGGGACCAUUACCCCAGUGCACUUGAAAAAGUCAAUGUGAUGACCAGAGGUCUAACGCUGCACCCAAACAUCUCGUAUCGCCUCUGGCGUGGAGUCGACUACUUCAACCCUAUGAUCAAGAAUCCGUCGGGGGAUCACAAGCCGGUUUCAUGGAACCCUCGGGACUUCACCGUUCAGAACCACGCCCAACUUCAAGGGGCGCUUUCUAACUUCAUCGCCAAUUCUGUUGACAACAGGAGGGAGCCUUGUCGGCUCUUUGUCAUUCAACCCUUCAAUGGGAGUGGCGACACGUGCAUUAUAGAGACGCCGGACGAGAAGAAUGGCUCAGCCGAGUUCCAGGUGAGCUCAGACACGAUGGACAAGUUCAGAGCCAGGGUCCAGCUUCUGUACGAACACGACGCCAGGGUGCAGUUUGAUCCCCAACAGGACAGCAUACUCCUAGAGCCCAUUUUCGAGAAUGGCAGCUCCGGUCAAUGGAACCCGGUUCACUUCGUCCUCCGACCGGAUGCUCCCGACUGGGAGUUGGUCAUGGUCCAGCGACUCUCUGUUGCUAAAACGAUGCGUGUCACAAUAUGGAAGAACGAUGAACUGAAUUUUGUGAAAAGCGUCGCCAGCGAGCUGGAUACCAGAAGCCAAUGGGGCCCUCGGUAUGGCCAAGUGACGCCGCUGCGUCCAGAAUUGUCUCUCCCUACCAUUGCUCAGCCUGUUUGGAGCCAACCAGUCGCCGCCCAGACGCGGCCGGGAGAGGCGAGCCGAGCGAAAUCAAAGGCACCCGAAGAGGAUCUUCGAAAAAGGAGUUGGGCCACACAGCCGAGCGUCUACGACAACGGCAUCUACCAUCCGUCCUUCCCGAUCAACGCACCCCCUGUUGAGUCAAUCUUGCGGACCGGGGGAAGCCGGGUGCCCAUGAUCACCAAGAAUGUGCUCACGGCCACGGAGCAACACGAGAUGCAGGGCACAUUGUGGAACACCCGCAACUUAGUGUUGGAUCGCAUCUGCAAGUGCCCAUAUCAGGGGUGCAACGUCACCUACCGCAUGGAAGAGGAGCAGAAUCUUGUGAAGCAUCUGGAAGAGAAGCACGCCGGGCAAAAGUGUCCCUGGUGUGACCUCCAGCUCUUCCAGUUCUGGUCUGGCAAACAAAAGGAAGAACACUACAAGAGCGCGCACGCGGAGCAGCUCCGCAAGAUACUGGAACAACCCCAAAAACUAAGCUCGCGUCCCCAAACGUUACGAACCUCGACUCCUGGAAGACCACUCAAACAUGCCGCGCCGUUGACGCCGCCGCUGUCUUCAUUCAAGAUCAUGGAGCGGACUCGGUUCCCAGCCGGGCCUUUGCCUCGGCCAGGGCCGCCGCCCAAGGCCAACGAGAAGGAGUCGGACUACCGCUACUGCGAUCGCUGCGGCCGCGAUCACAUUCAGCUCAGCAGCCGGACCGAGCGGGAGCAUCACGACCGAGUUUGCGUGCCACUGGCCGAGGGGGCUGGCCUGUGUACCUUUUGUGAGGCGUGCGGGCAUCGCGAAUGGAAGACGGGGCAAGACGCAAAAGAAUUCGCGCCCUUUGACGAGUAUCCACACAAGUGCCGCGGCACCAUUCACCAGAACAAGCCGCAUUGCACCAAGUGUGGUCUUUCCCUGAAGAAGAUGACAGACGAGUCCAUUGACAGGCACCGGACGUACUGUGCAGGCUAUUACGGUACGAUGGGCUGCUUCUGCCCGUAUUGCCAACACCACUUCGUCGAGGACAAGCGGCAGAAGCCAAUCGACAGUGUCAAGAAGCACAUUUUCGAGUGCGACAAGAGAGACCCCAUGAAGGCGACUCCUUACGAAAUCUAUCCGGAGACGUACUGGGAAGACAAGGACGUGCUCACGGACCCUCUAUACGUGGGACAGGGUGCGUCCACGGCGCUGGUCCGGAAACAGCGCCGGCCCAAUGAGCCUACUCGCUACCUGAGCUAUCCUCUGAUGUGGCACGAGAGGCCGGGCCCGACACCGACGCAAGACCCGCCGUCUGAAUGCAAACUGCCCGGCUGUCGCGAACCCCUUUUCGGUCUGACGCCGUCGGAGAUCCUGGGGCAUUUCGAGACGAACCACGGUGGCCGACCGCAGAGGAAAUGCCCGCUCUGCCACCUCUCUUUCGAGAGGCCCGAGGAUGGGCGCGAGGAUAACCCUGAGUCCGGGGAGUGGGAGGACAGGAGAGACCAAGUCGCGCAUAUGGAAUGCCACGUCUACCAGCUUUGGGACGUCUUGACCGAAAAGGGGCCGCCGCCGCCCAUUGUAAACCGUGAGCCCUUCUACGCAGGCCACAGUCUUUGGGAUCCUGACAACGAGAGAGCGUUGGAUCGACGAGACAAGCGGUGCCCGCACUUUGACAAGUGUGGCGCCAUGGUGGGCUUCAUGAAUCAGAAGCAAUGGAACCAACACAUGGAAAUAGCGCAUGCCGCCGAAGACUUUGAGCCGCGAGUGCCGCGCGACAUAAAGAUCGACCUACAGGCUGCCUUUGAGGAGCGGAAACAACAGAGAAUACGCGAAGGAAAGCAUCCCAUGGUAGGACAGGUGCCCCCAGUGCUCAAGUCGAAGGGGUUGGAGCCGGGGCUGGGGCAGGGAGUAACGGCCGGGCAAAAGCCCGCGACUGCUGGUCCUGCCGUUCAGCCUCAGGGCCAAGCUGGAGCUAGAGGAGGCCUGGCCGGCGGCCAGGGACUCGACACUGUUCCCGGCCAGGGUCUUGAUCCCGAGGGAACUCGGCCCAAAGAAGAUGAUGUUCCACGGGGUGUUCGUCCGGAGGGUGCUCAUCCACAGGUGCGGCCCGAAACGCAGACGACCAGCGAACCGAAGCAAAAGAGUGGCACGGCCUUGAAGCCUAAAACCACCGUAGGUAAGAUUGGGAAACAUACGGGAAAUACGGGGAAACCCCCAGGCAAGCCAGAUAGCAAGCCGGCACCGGGCCAGAAGUCAUUUUCUGGUACAAAUCCAAAGAUCAAGGCUCCCGCCCAAAGCUUUGAUGCAGAGGACAACAUGUACUGCUCACGUUGCUUUCGCAAGGCACCCAAUCGAGUAUCCAAGGCAAAGAUCCCCGAAGGCGAUCCCAGCAGGCAGGAGCAAAUAGAUGCUCACUCGGAUCCGACGAGAAGCUGUCGAAUCCGACCACAAGAGGGCCGUGUCAGGUUCAGUCGCGACGGAGAGCCUAUUCUGCCAAGCAGGGUCGGGUGGAUUCGAAAGGGCAAUCUGAAGCUGAAUGAAAUCAGAGACGGCUUUGUCAGAUCAAAUCCCGAGCUCGAAAGAACAAUGUGCCCAACAGAUAUGCACUGGAAACGCCCAUGGUCAAGAUGGGUGCACGAUCCGAACAAUGAAAACAAUGACGACGUUUGGGGGAUGCCAUAUAAACGUCAGAAAGACCGAGGGGAUGAUGACAGCGAAGAGGAUGACGGAGAGGAAGACUAUGUGGUGGUUGAUAACGAAGAGGACGAUGAUGAUGAAGAAACGGGCGAGGCGGAGGACGAGGACAAGGAGAAAGAAGAAGAUGACGAAGAGGGUGAUGAUGGCGGUGAUGGGGCCAAGGACAACUCGGGCACCAUCCGCAAGAAGAAGCGCAAGCAGUUCCGGGGUUUCCAGCCCCACGAUCCAACCUAUCGUUACAGUGGAGACGAGGACAGCGUGAGUGAGGACGAUCCAAGCGGGUUGGUGCCAGAAAGCGAAGGAGAGGGGGAGGGCAGCACUGGAUCCGGCGGCGGGAAGCGGAAGCGUGAUGCUACAGAACCAUCGGGACAGGGGCAAGCCGGCAAGAAGAAAAAGAAGACCCAAGAACAGGAGCGGAAGAAGGCCGGGGGAUCUGAGGAAGCUCAGGGCAGCAAGUCGUAGAGCGCGGUGCAUUGCAGAUGGCGAUGUCGGUUAAGAACCAACCAUGCCGUCAGGUUGACGUCGCUACAAACCACACAGAGUGUUGGUAUAAUCUCUUGACAUUAGUUCUAGCCUAGCAACCCGCCAC